UUUGCGUUCACUUAUUCACUUAACAAGCUCAUUUUAUUCAGGGCUUUUGAAAUUUAAAAAUGCUGUUUGUGUUUAAUAGACUUUGGCAUUGGCACAUGGGACAUGAAGGUGCCACGGACACGGCAACGCAAUAUUCAUAUGUAAUAUAAAAAUGUUGUGUCGUGUCUAAUAAUUGUUUUACAUGUAUCUCUUGGAUAUGCAGAGCAUAAGGAAGUCUAUCUUGAGACAUAUAAAUUUGAGGAGGUCAAAUGAAAGAUGGUUUUUGGUGAGGGAUGAGAAUGUUCUGAUGCAAUUGAGAUGCCUUUGCUCCUCAGCUGAUGCCAGCUCUGAUGUGAUAUUGGAUCGAGUUAUUGGAUUGGUGAAGAACUAUAAUAGGAUUAACGCUUCUAAGGUUACUGAAACAGCUGAUUUUCAGAAAGACUUGAACCUCGACAGCUUGGACAGGGUGGAGCUUAUUAUGGCUCUUGAAGAAGAAUUUUCCAUUGAAAUCCCUGAUGAGAAGGCAGAAAAGCUAACUUGCUGUGCUGAUGUUGCGAAGUACAUAACCUCUGAAGCUUCUCAGAAAGCUGCUGAAAAGCCCUGACUUCUUGGCAAUAUUGCCUUGACGUGGUAUUCAAAAGUCUCCUAUUUCAGCUAUCAGAGUUCCUUUAAGUCAGCCAUUUUUCAACUACUUGUGUCGUUGGUUGACCUAUCUGCUGCUUCAACAAGUUCUUUGUUGUUAGAAUCAUGAAGACUUAAAGAUCAUAGCGAUUGAAUUUUGUUGAAGUUAAGAUAGGUUAGUCUGGUUGAAAUGCUGUGUUUGUUGAUCUUUUAGAUGUUUCAUAGAUGCAGUGAUCAGAAGAAUUCUAAGCACAGAAAUCAUUCAGUCUAAAGAUACAUAAGCUAAUCAAAGACGGGAUUGGUUUUUCCAUGCUUUUA